GCACGUUGUCAUUCUCUCUCUCUUUCACACAGCAUGUAUUUUUGAUGUGUGUCUGUCACGGCUCACGAGACUCAUAGUGAUAGUGAAGAUGUGUGGAGGUGCCAUUAUUUCAGACUUCAUUGGCGUCAAGCGUGGCCGCAACCUCGCCGCGCAGGAUCUCUGGUCCGAGCUUGAUCCUUUCGCUGACCUCCUUGCCUUCGACACCGCUACCUCCAAACGCCAACCACCACUGCCUAAAAUUCAACACAAAAAUGAGGUAGCAUGUGAGAAGAAGAAGAAGAAAAGCGUGGAUGUGGUUGCAGAGAAAGGAAAGAAGAGUGAGCGAGCUCGGAAGAACGUGUACAGAGGAAUCAGGCAAAGGCCAUGGGGCAAGUGGGCUGCGGAAAUAAGGGACCCACACAAAGGCGUCCGCGUCUGGCUCGGCACUUUCCCCACCGCCGAAGAAGCCGCCAGAGCCUACGACGCCGCCGCCACUCGCAUCCGCGGCGACAAGGCCAAGCUCAACUUCCCCGCCACUCCGCCGCCGCCCUCCAAGAAACGCUGCCUCGCCCCCGACCACUCCCAACAAUCCUCCUCCACCUCCACCACCACCACCACCACUACCACCACCACCCCGCCGCCUGACGCCGCCAUCCACGGCGGCGACGAGCUCGACCUCAAACAGCUGGAGUGGUUCCUGGGGUUGGAGAAUGAGCAGCCUCUGCCCAACGGUGGUGUUGAGUGGAACAACAACGACAACAACAACAACUACAUGGUUGACGACCUGUGGAUGCUGGACGACGUCGUUAUGCCCAACCGUCACCUCGUUUACUAAACAAAAAAAACAAAGCCGUUUUCUUAUAAAACUAUGUUGCCCUAUGUUCUUAGUUUCUGUUGCUUUGUCUCUUCUCUCCCUUUGCCAAAUUCUGUUUUGGACGGUCCAACCAUUUUAUAAUUAGGUGCACCGUAUGGAUCAGCGGGAUCAUUAUAUUAUGAUUAUAAAUAAAGGUAAGUUAAUUAGGGCGUGUUAGUGUUAUUAGUGUUAGUGUUUGCGACUUUGCGUCGAGCAUGUGGAUGUAUAUAAUAUAUGCCAUUAUAUGUAUGGUGUCGUUUUACCGAGAAUACCUCGUUUGUGAUUGUGAUGUUGGUGCGUGAAUCUGAUGUUUAAUUUCUAGACCAA